UUUUUUUUAAAGCCUGCUUAAAUUCCAUUCAGCGGCAUUUCCCUACUCCUGCUUUACUCGAUUUAUUUUGAUCUACACGCAACUCACUUUCAUUCUCGACUGCAGUCCCCGACAUUGAUUAUUCAUAUAUUCCAUUGCCCCAUAUUAACCCUAAUAUAAAGUCUGCUGCAAUGUCCUCCAGUAGUGGGGUCACUUCCCCCUCAGCAACUACAUCCUCCAUCACACAUCUGCAGCAAGCAUUCAACUCUUCUCCUUCCCUCAAGCGAGCUCUUCCUCCAACAAGUGCUGUGGAACCGCAACCUCCGUAUAUUGAUGUCUUGAUUGCUGGUGGUCUCGGAGGAACGAUAGCCGAUUUCAUCAUGCAUAGUGUUGACACAGUUAAGACAAGGUUGCAAGGGCAGCCAUCCGCCAACCCUCCUAAAUACAACAACAUGUUCCAUGCUUACAGCACAAUCUUAAGAGAGGAAGGUGUCUCUAGAGGACUCUACAGCGGUGUAGCUCCGGCCAUGACUGGUUCAUUACCAGGAACUACUCUUUACUUUGGAACGUAUGAAUAUACCAAACGUACGCUGACUGCAGCAGGAUGUCCCGAUACAUUGGCUCAUCUGGCGGGUGGAUCAAUUGGUGAUUUCUUUGCAUCAUUUAUUUACGUUCCCUCAGAAGUCCUUAAGACUCGUAUGCAGCUUCAAGGACGAUAUAACAACCCAUCAUUUAUCAGUGGAUACAACUACAAGAAUACAUUGCACGCACUUCAGAUGAUUGUGAAGUAUGAUGGUAUUGGAGCAUUGUAUCAAGGAUAUCGUGCUACCCUUUUGAGAGAUGUCCCAUUCUCGGCCCUCCAAUUUGCAUUUUAUGAGAAAUUCAAGGUUGAAGGACGGAGAUGGGAAGGACGAGAAGAUGGUCAGAUGUCAUUACACAUUGAGACCUUAUGUGGUGCUAUCGCUGGAGGGAUGGCGGGAUUUUUAACUACACCCCUGGAUGUUAUGAAGACGCUUUUGCAAACUCAAGUGAAGAAGCCGACAGCAUCAAUACCAACUUCAACCGCAGUUACAACAACAAUGACAACGGCAGUGGCAGCAAAUACCAUCACAAAUGCAGCGGCGCAACAAAAGUACUAUGUAGGAAUCUGGGAUGGACUCAAAUGGAACCUGAAGCAUCAUGGUGUAAUUGGAGGGUUGUUUCGAGGUGUAGGCCCGAGAGUAUUUUGGACAUCAUUACAGAGUGCACUCAUGUUUGUUAUUUAUGAGCAGGCUAUCCAUCUUCAAGAGAAUAUGCGAUAUUUCGGACAAUGGCCAUAUGGAUCGGGCUCGAGUUAAACGCGACUCUUUAAAGCUUUCGCUCUUUUUCUUUUCUUUUUCUUUCUUUCUUUCUUUCUUUUUUUUAUUUAAUCAUAUCUCCAACAAAAGAAUUAAGAAAGAAAAGGAAAAAAAGCAACCGUUUUUUUUUUCUUCAUUGUACAAAUCCUAUAGACUGCUCACUUUCACCAUGUUUCUUUCUAUUUUUCUCCUUUUCCCCCCCAUUUAUAAUAUAUGCAUAUAUAUAUAUUUUAUUAAUUCCAAGCAUUUUUUU